AUGGCUUCACCAUUUUGUGGCAUCUCCACAUGCGGACUCAAUGCCGCCGCUCCUACCGGAUUCUCCUCCAAGAGGACGCUUUCCCUGGUUUCGCCCACAUUUGUUUCACUUGCCCAGGAAAUCAGGCCUAGGAGAAGGUGCAAUUUCAGAGUAAAUGCCGCAAAGGAACUGUAUUUCAACAAGGAUGGGUUGGCUAUGAGGAAGCUGCAGAUGCAAAUUUCUGAUUGCAUAUUUCCUUAUCAGAAUGGAGUGAAUAAGCUGGCAAACCUGGUUGGAGUUACUCUUGGUCCAAAAGGACGGAAUGUUGUCCUUGAGAAUAAGUACGGGCCACCUAGAAUUGUUAAUGAUGGUGUUACGGUAGCGAAAGAGGUUGAGCUCGAAGACCCUGUAGAAAAUAUUGGAGCUAAAUUGGUUAGGCAAGCUGCUGCUAAGACAAAUGACUUGGCUGGUGAUGGCACAACCACAUCGGUCAUCCUUGCUCAAGGGAUGAUCACCGAGGGUGUUAAGAUUGUAGGUGCUGGUGCUAAUCCAGUACAGAUUGCCCGUGGUAUCGAGAAAACAGCCAAAGCACUAGUCUAUGAGCUCCAGAAGAUGUCCAAGGAGGUUAAAGAUAGCGAACUUGUCGAUGUUGCUGCUGUAAGUGCUGGAAAUGAUUAUGCAAUUGGCAACAUGAUAGCUGACGCUGUGAGCAAGGUUGGGCGACAUGGGGUAGUCACGCUCGAAGAAGGAAAGAGUUCUGAAAACAGCCUCUAUGUGGUCGAAGGGAUGCGAUUCGACCGCGGCUAUAUUUCUCCCUACUUUGUGACCGACGGUGAAAGAAUGACAGUGGAGUAUAACAAUUGCAAGCUCCUUCUUGUGGACAAGAAAAUUAACAGCGCCAAAGAUCUUAUCACUAUUCUAGAGGACGCUAUUACGAGUGGAUAUCCAGUUUUAAUAAUUGCAGAGGACAUUGAGCAGGAAGCCCUUGCAGCCCUCGUGCUCAACAGGCUUAGAGGCUCACUACAGAUUGCUGCUAUAAGAGCCCCUGGUUUCGGGGAGCGCAGGAGUCAAUACCUCGAUGACAUCGCCACUCUGACAGGAGUUAUAACAGUCAAUCUUCAUGUAGGCACUGUCAUCAGAGACGAAUUUGGAGUACCCCUGCAUAAAGCAGACAAAACUGUCCUAGGAACUGCUGCCAAGGUUGUAAUUACUAAAGAUUCAACAACAAUAAUUGGAGAUGGUACUACACAAGAGGAAGUAAUCAAAAGGGUGACACAAAUCAAGAACCAGAUUGAGGCUACUGAACAUGAAUAUGAAAAAGAAAAGCUAAAAGAGAGGAUAGCCAAAUUAUAUGGUGGUGUUGCUAUCAUUCAGGUAGGAGCACAGACUGAAACCGAGCUAAAGGAAAAGAAACUGAGGGUCGAAGAUGCGCUGAAUGCAACAAAGGCGGCUGUUGAGGAAGGUAUUGUCGUUGGUGGUGGUUGUACCCUCAUAAGACUUGCAUCAAAAGUUGAUGCUAUUAAACAAACCCUUGAGAAUGAUGAACAGAAGGUUGGGGCUGAAAUUGUGAGGAAGUCCUUAAGUUAUCCACUUAAACUGAUUGCAAAAAAUGCUGGCAUUAAUGGCAGCGUAGUUAUUGAGAAGGUCCUUGCCAUUGACAACUCCAGCUAUGGUUACAAUGCCGCUACAGGAAAGUACGAGGAUUUGAUGGCUGCUGGUAUUAUUGAUCCAACCAAGGUGGUGAGGUGUUGCUUGGAGCAUGCUGCAUCGGUGGCGAAAACUUUCAUCACCUCUGACGCUGUUGUCGUCGACAUAAGGGCGCCUAAGUGUGCACCUGUUGUGAACCCGAUGUGCGGUUCAGGUUAUGGAUUCUAA